AUGAAGCUUUUUAGCGUUUUUAGUACCUUUCGUAACAAUGGGAUUCGAGCGAGAACGUGUGGACAAGAGGGAGGUUGGCGAUUUGAAAACGAGAGUGCGGCAAGGAAGGCACAGGUGUUGCUAGAGUGUACUGGGAGACAUCAUUGGAUUCCUCGUUUUCUGACACGUGGAGUUGAAAAGGACCGAGAGAUCUCCGUGGAGUACAACAAUGAGAAAGAAGCAUUGGAGAUCAAAGCAAAGUCCAUGUCUUCUCAAGAUGGCUGGGGCAUUUGCGGUAUUUUAGUCGGCGUCGUCGGUUUGUUCUACUGGACAGUUGGCUCUCUUGGGAAAACAGAACCUUUUGAACGAAUAUGCGUUGGGUACCAUAUAUCUAGCGUCCAGGCCUUAGAUACGACGCCGUUUCUCUAG